GUGGUCAGAUGUGGGGUGGGUCGCUGGGUGGGGAAACACACACAGAUAGUGAUAUUAAGAAAGAGAUGAGAGGGAGAGAUUAGUCCAGACUGGACGAGAACUGAGAUCAACACAGCGCUGCAGGGUUCUUUAUGCUCACCAGACCUGUCAAACACUGAGGUUUCACCCCUUCAAGCAAGAUGAAUAAAUGUUCCACUCCUAGCCCAGCCCGUGCCAAUGAUAGCUAUGCUAAGUGUGGCCAGAUGAAUAAAAAAGGGUCUAAUGCUAAUCAUGUGAGCCUCGUGGCACAGAACGGAGACUGCAAGAACAGACAAGGACCAGGAUAUGUCACAACACACAGCCAGGAGCCCAGAGAGCGCUCUGUGUCAACAGUCUCCAUCUCUAAUGUUGCGCCCCGCUCUCAUCAGCGGCGGUGGUCAGCCGACUUUUGCAAGUGUGGGACCCCCACAGUCAUUACUGUGAAAAAGAACAAGAAGGAACCACAGCCUCCUCAGCGUGGAGUAUCCCUCCUCCGACUUCACACAGCAUCCCAUUCUUCAGCCAAACGCUACUCCUGCCCCCCCAUUGGGGUCUUUGGCUCACCCACCAAAUCCUCUUCUUCCUCAUCCUCCACUUCUUCUUGCUCCUCUCCUCCUCCUGUCCAGACAUCUGUCAUCACCGGCCACGACCCUCUAGGCUGGAAGUUGCGUCCCAAGUCCCACUCCACGUCCCCCCGGGCUCGCACUAACAGGCUGUCUCUGCAGAUUCCCCUCCCUGUCAUCUUUCCUGACCCCAAAUCUGGUCCUGCUCCCAACUCUCAAUCAGACAACACUCCUAAUCCUGAUCCCUCCCCUAAAACCAAACCCCCUCUCAAACCCAAACCAUCCCGUCGUCACCACUCCGAGUCCUCAGCCUUCCUCAGGUCUCUGGCGUCCACUCUACCUGUGGUGAAACUUGAGGAGCUCUGCACUGUGAAACUCCGCCCAGUCACCCUUUCAGAUGAGUCUGACGAUGUCUUCAGCGAGGGGAAUGAAGAGGAGGUGAAGGUGACCACUCGGCCACGCAAAAUUCCACCACCUGUUCCAGAAAAAACUGCCAUGGCAAGACAAAUAGCACAAUUGUUUGCCCAUUCACGCCAACACCGUCGGCCUAUUACAGCCAAAGCUAAUGAAGAAAACAUUUACCCCAGUGUUAUAAAGCCAAAGCCUAAACAUUCACACCAGACUGAGGACCACAGCAGCCUGCAUGCGAGAAAAACUGCGCUGUGUGUAGAGUGUGUCCAUGGAGGGGAGGUCAGAGCCGAUGAUUCUCUCUGCAGUUUUGAUGACUCGAAGUGAUUUUCUCUGAGCUCGGGUUGUAUUUCCAAACCACACAGUGAUGCCGCUGGUGACAACGCUUUCAAUGAGUCCUUUGUAGGCCUGGUUUAGGGGCUGACGUCUGAGUCCGGCCUUCUUCAGCAGCCUGAUGCAGUAAGGCCGCUGCUGUGCUUUCUUCACUGUUGACACCGGGUUGGUGGCCCAACACAGGUUCUUUGUUAUGCGAAGGCCAAGAAACUUGUAACUGUCAGCUAGCUCCACCUCAGUCCCCUUGAUGGUGAGAGGCUGCAGGGGUUCCUGUGCUGACUGUGAGCUCAGCAGAGGUCUUUUCUCCCAUCUUCACCACCUGUGGUCUGUCUAUAAGGAAAUCCAAAAUCCAGUUCUGGGUGGGUAUUGGUACUCAAAGGUCGGCCAGCUUCACAUUCAGCUUCAUUGUCAGAUCGUGUUGAAGCUGUAAUCCAGAGAGAGCAUGCGUGCAUAUGUUCUGUGUGUGUUCAAGUGUUCCAAUAUAGAGUGAAGCACCAUGGCCACCGCAUCAUCGACUGAUCUGUUUGGGCGGUAGGCAAACUGUAGCGGGUCUACCGUGUCGAACGACACGAACGACAGAGUUUAUGGAUUGGAGAACCAGCUAAAGUCAUUCAUUGUAGGACUGUGGGACUGUUUCCUGUGUGAGAGAGGACUUAAAAAUGACUGUGUACACCCCUGCGAGCUGUUCAGCGCACGUUUUCAGAACUCUCUGUGAUACUCCAUCAGGUCCUGCUGUCUUGUGGGGAUUUCAAAGCCCUGAGAACCUGUGUGUGUGUCACCUGAAGUGUAGCUUCCUCAGGGUUACAUCCUGUCAGUGUCAGUCAAUAGCAACAUUUUCAGCAGCAUGUUCUGUGUUUCAGCAUGGCUAGGUGUGGAUACCAGCUGCGACAGGGAGAGGUCCACUCCGCGCUUCCCUGGCUGAGGAGACUGAGAGGAGCCCUGGGACUUCUUUAACAUCCAACACCAUUAACUACCAGGAACGAUUACAGUACAGAUUACGGUACAUGUAUGGAAUGUCCUGGGGAUGGGACAUCAUGGUCUAUCCGCCUCAUUUGAGGUUUUUAACUCAAAGGUCUGAGAUUUCUAGAGUGUAAAACAUACUUUUCUAGUCGCCUGACACAAAUGACUAUUUGCAUGAUGUUUUACCUGUCCACUGUAUAUUUCUGUUGAAUAUCUGCUGUAAAUGUUUGGCUAACUUCUCUCUGUUGUGGAAAUGCGACUUUAUUCUUUGUGUGAGUUACAAGCAAGUGUUGCUUUAAGGGCAUGUGGUGCUACUUGUGUAGGAUGAAACAAACCCUGCAGAUGUUGCAAUUCCUACUGGUUGCUAAUAGCGACCUAAGUUACUGUUGUAUAUUUGCUUGUAUAGUGUAUGAAAUUUGCCUGAUGUGAUCUGUUGACAGUAUAGGUUACUUAUCAUAGCAGAUAUGACAUUCUUUGUGGUAAAACUAAUAAAUGUGAACUCAUAGGCACUGAUAUUAGUAGCUUAAUGGAUUACUUGACCAAAAGGAAAUAAACUGAUGGCAAUAAAUCAUUAAUCAUCUCAGUUAAUUUAGUUUUUUUAGUAAACUUUUUGAAGCUGGGGUCCCUUGUCAAAUAUAAAUCUCUUUCUUUUCUGUCAAAUAUAAGCAAAAACACUGGUUAACGCUUCUCAAGUGUGAUGAUUUGCAUGCUUUUGCUGUUUUUCAUCAUUGUUAGUUGAAAAAAAAUAUUGUUAAUAGAGCUUUUUAACUAAUGGUAAAAUAAAGCAAACCUUUUCAAUACAUUA